AUGAGAACGUUUUCCUUAAUAAAAUCAAUAACUCAGCCAAUUGCCGCAGUACUGUCUGUUGUGGUAAAUUUCAUUCUGAUUACCCUUGUAGUUACAAGUUCACCGCGGAAAAUGGGAAGCUACAAGUAUUUGCUGAUAUACUGCUCAGGCUUGUCAAUUGCAUAUGCAGCAUUUCAUUUUGUUGCAGCACCCUACAUGUUUAAUGACGACUCAACUGUAGUUAUUCUUGUGGAUUUGAAGAGUAAUAUGCUAGAGAAUCAUCCAGAUGUCUUGAAGUUCACUGUUGUUUCCGGAGUGGCAUUUUUUGGAACAAGUAUUUACGCUAUAGCAAUCAACUUCAUAUAUCGCUAUUUUGCCGUUCAAAGAGAAGGCCGCCUCCGAUACUUUUCAGGGUGGCGUCUUAUUUUCUGGAUUCUCCUGUCCAUUAUUGGUGGAGCCAUAUUAGGGCUAAUGUUUUAUACUAUAGGUUCUCGUCAGGAAAUUUCAGACGGUUUGAAAGUGAGUUUGGAAACUUUGUAUGAUUUGAAUAUUAAUCGCAUAUUGUAUUGUACAUUUCCGUAUUGGUUGCCCACCGUUGAAAAUCAGGGAUUGACAGUAAAAGAUAUUAUGGCAAAUUUGGCAAUUACGAUAUCAAUGGCAUUUCCUAUUCUCAUUAUCGCCUUUUGCGGAACCAAGACUUAUGGAAAAGUCAAGAAUCUGACAGAACAUGGAAAAAAUGAAUACUCAAAGCGGCUCCAAUUGCAACUUUACAAAGCUCUUGUCGCACAGGUAAUUAUUCCAACUAUUUUUCUGUUUCUCCCCACUGUAUUCAUCGGGGCAAGUCCACUGUUCAAGCUUAAUAUCCCAUGGGCUAGUCUUCCAUUAUCGAUACUUUUUUCAAUGUUCGCAGUGGUGGAUUCAAUUCCAAUUAUUUUUCUUGUGGAUGAGUAUAGAAAUGCACUUUUUGCGUUUUUUGGAGGAUUCUGUUGUGCAAAUGAAGUUGUACCCGCUUCAGUUAAUGAAACCAGUAACGACCAGCAGUGA